AUGCGUUCAAUGGCAGCCUGGCUAUUGAUGACCCUGCUGGCCAGCACAGCAGCAGCUGCCGAGCAGCUUUCCACGGAGCUGGACGACUAUGCCACAGCUGGCAGCGAGGAUAUAUACUUGCAGCCCAACAGCGGGCAGGCGGCGGAUGAGGAGGACGACGAAGAUGCGCAGUACCUGGAUGAGGAGGAGGAGGAGGAGGCGCCGGCACAAUCCCUUGGCAAUAACAUCGAUGCCAUCGGCCUGGAUGAGAACAGCUGCGAGUUCAGCUGCCCGCGCUAUUAUCGGCCCGUUUGCGUCAGUCGCAACGACGAGCUGAUCACCUAUGCCACGCCCUGCGAGUUCUUCAAUCAGCUGCGCUGCGCCAAUGUCGCGCGGCAACGGGGCAAGGAGACGCCCACCUUUCAGUUGUUGUACCACAAUGCCUGCAAACAGAAUACACGCUAA